GAUUUACACCACUACCACUCGGCCCACUCAACCACCGGCUCUCCUCUACUAUCCAUAGAUCAAAUCCUCAGCAAAUAGAAUCCCCAAUCAUUUUCCUAUGGCGAGCAGAAACCUCGGCAGCCCAUCUCCUCCUUCGCCGGUUGUUCCAUCGACAUCAAAGACAGCGGAACUCGACCUACCGCUCAGCGUCCUCGGGUUUGAGAUCGACGUUGUCUCGGCGGUCGAAAUCACCGGCCACCUCCGGGUCACCGAUCAUUGCUGCCAGCCAUUCAAGGUGCUGCACGGUGGAGUUUCGGCGCUGAUAUCGGAGGGGUUGGCGAGCAUCGGAGCCCACGUUGCGUCGGGAUUUCGGCGGAUCGCCGGCAUCCAUCUCAGCGUUGAUCAUCUCCGUAGCGCGGCCGUCGGCGAUCUCGUCUUCGCCCGUGCUGCGCCAGUCCACAAAGGAAGGACUAUUCAGGUAUGGGAAGUGCUUAUAUGGAAAAUGAAUCAGUCAACUAUGGAGAAAGAGGCUUUGAUAACUUCAUCCAAAGUCACAAUUCUAUCAAAUCUACCGAUCCCUCAAAAUGCCAAAGACGCUGAUGUUGCUCUUAGAAAGUAUGCCAAAUUAUAACUUGAUUUUUUUUUGUAUAUUUUAAUGUAUUUGUAUGUUAUUGCUAUGAUGAGGCUGUCUUAUGUAAUCUAUUUUUAUCCAAAGAUAAUUUGCAACUGAGGUCUUAAGCAUAUUAUUAUAAUGAGAUGAUAUUUCUUUCAAUAAUUUG